AUGAAUGCUGAUACUUGUGUUUCUUAUUGUGAUCCGGCUGCCAUGGAUUCCUACUACAACGCAGCCUCCCAGGACACAGAAGGCUCCUCGCCUUUUAGGGCAUUUCAAGCAAGUGACAAGUUCAGCCCUACUUUCCUGGCCAGCAAAGGACAAGGCUUUGGUGACAGCAGCACUAAGUGCCGGAGCCGCUACAGCCAGCAGGAAUGUCAGUCCCUGGAUGGCAGUGUGCAGGCUGCCGGCUCUGCCGGGGCUCCGGCCUCCUUUAACAAAUACCCUCCGCAGCAACAGCCGCCGCACCUCUACAUGCAGCGAGGCCCCUGCAAAACCCCCCCGGACAGCAACAUCAAGCUGCAAGAGAGCAGCGGCCACAACGGAACUCUGCAGGUCUCCUGUUACGGUAAAGACAGUGCUUUGGGAGAGGCCGACUUGCAGCCGAGCUCUGACCCUUCGGGAAUGGACAGCAGCUACCUCAGCGUGAAGGAGGCUGGGGUGAAAGUGCCCCAGGACAGGGCCAGCACAGACCUCCCCAGCCCCAUGGACAAGGCCGACUCGGAGAGCAACAAGGGCAAAAAGCGGAGGAACCGCACCACCUUCACUAGUUACCAGCUGGAGGAGCUGGAGAAGGUCUUCCAGAAAACCCACUAUCCUGAUGUCUAUGCCAGGGAGCAGCUAGCCAUGAGGACAGACCUCACCGAGGCUCGUGUACAGGUGUGGUUUCAGAACCGGAGAGCAAAAUGGCGCAAGAGGGAGCGGUUCGGUCAGAUGCAGCAGGUCCGGACCCACUUCUCCACUGCCUAUGAGCUGCCUCUGCUGACCCGUGCUGAGAACUACGCCCAGAUCCAGAACCCCUCCUGGAUUGGCAACAAUGGAGCUGCCUCUCCUGUGCCUGCCUGUGUUGUCCCCUGCGAGACAGUGCCCUCCUGCAUGUCCCCCCAUGCCCACCCCCACGCGGCUGGCGGUGUCUCUGAGUUCCUCGGCGUCUCCGGCCCUGGCAGCCACGUGGGACAGACUCACAUGGGUGGCCUCUUUGGCACGGCUGGGAUGAGCCCCAGCCUCAAUGGCUACGAGCUGAACAGCGAGCCGGACCGCAAGACCUCCAGCAUCGCUGCCCUGAGGAUGAAAGCAAAGGAGCACAGCGCCGCUAUCUCCUGGGCGACAUGACAGGGCUGCAGCCCAGUGCCCAUGACACGGAGAGAGCACAUAGGGACAGCUGAACAAAUCCAUCCGCUUGGACGCCAGACAGCAGUUGCCUCC